CGAACGCUAUGCAGCUCGAACGUAGUGGAGCUCUCUCAUGGCAACGCCCACGGUGAGUCCAAGCAAAUGAGAAUCUUCUACCAGCUCAAGUUCUACAAAUACCAAGCAAUCAGGUUGAGCAAGUGUAGUGAUGGUAAUGUUUGGAGAAGUGGUGCUUGUACAGUGAUGGCAACGUUGCAUGAGGAGGGGAAAGCUGUGAACCGAUCCCGGCUCCUGAAUAUGCAAUAUUCCAGAGAGAUGGUGACAAGCUGGGUGAGAUCGCUGACGUCCAAGUGCGUUUCGUAGGAUGAUGCUUGUGGUGGCGGCCAAUGUGGGAUUGCUGAAUGGGGUUGGAUGUCAAUGGUGAGAGACUGUGUGUGUGUACAACUUGGACUCAUAGAGAUCGUUCAGCUUUGAUUAUUUUUGCAGGGGCACGUAGGCUAAUUUCCUAUCCGUGCCAACGAAGCUACGGAAAUCAGUUGGAAGAGAGUUGGGACGCCAACUCUUGCACCUGCACUUUGAUGCGGUUGUGAUGUUAAGUGGCCAUGCCCCACUCUAGAUUUCAGGCUAGUUAGGUGGAGGCAGGCCUGCAGACUUUGCACGCGUCGUCGUUCGCUCUUCGACGUGAAGCUUGGAGCCGCGUGCACCUUUAAAACUUUACUCCAGUUGUGACUUGAACUUGGAGGAAUUGAGGCUUUCCUUUACUUGCAGGAUGUCAGACCCCGUCCGUCAAACCUACAGCUAUAGCAAACGUUCAUUAAGACUUGCCGACCUGGUGAUGCUUGAGCAGGCUUAAUGCCAAGAGGUGCCCGCAGCGGCCGGAGUAGCCAGUCCCUUGGACGUGGCGUAAGGUGGCCGAAGCGGCCCGAGUAUUAGCGGUCCGUUGGGGCCAGUCCUGGACUUAUAUGCACAUACGGCGCGUCACCGUUUUAUCCCCAGGUUGCUAAAAGCGGAAGUUUGGCAUCAUUUGGUUCAUUCCCCUACACAUAUAUACACACACACACACACACCUUCUUUUCCUCUUUAUGUUCAUUCCUGACGUGCGUUUCAUUCCGUUCCUUCUUUUGCACACACACUGUGUACGUGCACUUGUACAUUUAAACCAGGUUGAAGGUGGCCCAGGUUUUGGUAAGGAGGUCUGGUUCGUUGGUUGCUCCUGUUCACUGGGUGUGGUGUAUGAGUGUCGCUCGCCAUUUGGUGGUGAGGCUGUUUUUUUUUCGCAUCCGUGAGUCUGUGCUGAGGUACUGCAUUGAAGCCUACGAGAUCAUCCUGUCGGCCAGGCCGAGGUCAAGCGGUUUGUUGUCCAAAGCUUUUGAGGUGCCACAGUGGGAGCGAAAAUCGGAAAUGACCGUGCGUCCCGUUUGCCACCGCUUCUUGGAGAACGCCAAGUGGCGUGUGGAGAUGUUUGCAAAAUGCUCAGUGAGAGGUUCUUUCCCUACCACAGGGAAAUCGCUGAACUCUGGGGAACUACAGUGUGUGAGCUGCCAAAGUACGCGAUUGGCGGGAGCUGACCGUAUGAGACGCACAUGCUUCAAGACGCACAACGAGAAGCACAAACGCGUUGGGAAAUUGCCAGCUGGCACAACGGCUGCCAAGCUGGAUGAUCCGCACAUGAAAGUGCCGACCUUGACAUAACCAUGCAGAUCCUUUUCCAAAAAUG